AAAGGGAGGCUAAACAGUAAACACCACCCAAAAUAAUCAUCGCCGGAUCAAUGGCUGCAAAGAGAAACGCGAAUUACCGAUGUUAGCCUUCGCUGUGUCUUCAACCCCCAUCCCGCCGCCGCCGCCGCCGUCAUCGGCCACCAUUAAUCACCUAUCCACCACCAAUUUCCCCUCACACGGAUUCAAAUCCCGCCGGCUCUCACUCCUCAAAUCUCCGUCCCCUAAACUCAGCCCUAGAAGAAACCUCUUCGCAGUCUGCGCCGCGGAGAACGGCGACGGAGACGUCACGAGCGCGGACAACAAUGGAAAAGGAAAGCGGGAGAACGGUCUGAACAGCAACGGCAGCGGCGGAGGAAAGGGGAAUAAUGGGCGGCCGAAAUUGAAUUUGAGAUGGGUUGAUCUGUUGCUCGACCCGGAUCCGGAAAACAUCGUGGCCGUUGGAUUAACGGGCCUGCUGACGUGGGCGAGCGUGCAGAUCCUGCUGCAGCUCUUCGUUAUAUCGUUGGCGAUUUUGAUUGCCGCUCUCAAGUACUCCUUCAUAGCUGCCCUUCUCAUUUUCAUCCUCAUCACUCUUCUUUGAUCACAGAGAGAAUAAAAAGAAAAGAUGAUUUCUUGUGAUGGAAAUGUGCAGGUUUCUCAUGUUCAUAACUUGAAUGAUUAGUCAUGUGUUUACAAUUGUUGUUGAUUAUGAUUUCAGCCAUUGUUUUAGAUAAUGUUGUAUCAAGUUCUUAAUGAACACCAAAAAACCCAGUUAGCAGUGUCAUAAACACCCUUUAUGCUCCCUAUUGGUGUUAAUGUACUCCGUUAAUUGAUGUACACGCUCUUAGAGAAGGCGCUACAUUAUAAUCUUAGUCGAAAA